AUGGCUGGGGGCUCUUCUUUUCACCUUCUCAUAGUGAGAUAUCGUCUGCUUCUGCUGUUGCUACUCUGUCCGUUCGCUCUGGCCAAGUUGGCACUCGAGGAAUAUCCCGAAUAUGUGACACGUCAUGCUCCUCUUGUCUGGCUGCAUUCACAAGACCCGUUCAGGCCUAGCGACAUUUUAGGUCACAUUCAGAGAACGACGCCUUCACUUGACGGGAAGCCUAUCAGUGGCUUGCCUUCGCUUGACCUGGACAACCUCGAAGUUCUUAACCAGUAUGGAGAUGAGGUAGCUCUGACUUCCAACGACAACCCUCUUUCACGCCCGGCCUGGAUGCUGGGCGAAACGCCCGACCAUGAGGGUAAGCUACGGAGCGCUAUUGCCUCUGUGGUUGUUCUCGUUGAAAACAGGUUCAUGGACUUCGACGCAUUCUAUUUCUAUUUCUACUCUUUUGACCAGGGCCCAAAUAUCACACAGGUCGUGAAGCCGCUCAAUUCAUUGAUCAGUGCUAGCAAGGCUGAUAUAGAUAUGCAUUUUGGCAAUCACGUCGGCGACUGGGAACAUAAUAUGGUUCGUUUUCGCGAUGGACGCCCGGUUGGAGUCUACUACAGCCAACAUAGAGAUGGGAGAGCCUAUGAUUGGGAUGAACCGGAACUUUCCAAAGUAGAUGAAAGGCCCGUUGUUUACAGCGCUUAUGGAUCGCACGCAAACUAUGCCAAACCAGGCGAGCACAUCCACGAUAUAGCCUUGAUCGACUUCUGCGAUGAAGGACCGAAGUGGGAUCCUAUCCAAUCCGCCUAUUUCUAUCACCUUGAUACAACUUCCUUCACCCUCACAUGGCUGAAGCCCCCGAAUCAGACGUCCACAUCACCUCCGUCAAACCUCACAUCCUUUUUUUACUACAAAGGUCUCUGGGGUGAUUACAAGUAUCCGGAUUCUGACCCUCGCCAGAAAGUCCUGCCCAAAUUCGGUUUUCGACGUUUCGUAUCCGGGCCAAAUGGCCCGCGUUUCAAAGACCUCAUGCGACACGGUCUGAUGCCUGAUCGGCCUCGCAAGAAGACUUGGGCGGAAUUCGGUGUCAAGGUCUUCAUGGGAUUAUAUCCGGUAUUGUUCAAGGAUUGGCGGAAGUGGGUUUCCCUGGUUCUUGUGGUUAUUGUCUGUGUUGGGGUGGGAUUGGUUACGAGGAGACUGAUACGCCUGACGAUGGCUAAGUAUCGGAAGAGGCAGGAUUAUAAGAAGCUGCAGCAGGAGAAUGAAGUGCUUUUGGAUGACUGGAGAACGGAUGAAGAGGCUCAGCUAUUUUCUGAUGAUGAGGAACACACGGAAAGAGGAUAA